AUCGUCAUCUUUCCCACUCAACAUUUGGUUUGGUACUCCAGCGCCCCACAAUAGCUCAAUAUGGAGGCCUGUCUCAAUCCAGCAACCGCAAACUCGCACAUCAGUCCCGCGGAGGAAGCGGAGAUCGCACGCUUGAAUGCCCAAGUCUGUAGCAAGGAAAACGGUAUCAAGCGUCAUCCAAACGUCUUCAGGCAGGCCGCACCUGAUGAGGCAGCUCGUUCAUUCGGAGAACAAUCGUCACCUCGUCCGAUGCUUCGCCCUGCGAAGCCAUCUGGGUGUCUCUGUCGACCAGUUUCCUCCACUGCUCCUUCCGCAUCUGGCUCUGGCUUGUUCGGAGCUGCAGCUCACCAGUUUGCAACGCAGCCUGCCACAGGUUUGCGGUUCGGUCACGUCCCAAAGCCACCUUCUGCAGGACUUCUUGGCAGUACCGGAAACCCCUCGACAGAGCGACGUUUUGGCAAACUAGGACAGCAUUAUUCCACCGACCCGCCCGUAUCUGACGGCGGAUUGUUCGACGGCGCAACACGCCAGUCUGAUACGCAGCCUGCCAAGAGUUCACUGUUUGGCCACGCUGUAAAGCCUGCUUCUGGAAGAAUUCUUGCCGGCACUUAGGAGCCUGCAUCUCGGGGUUUGUUUGGUUCUGUUGCGCCUGGUCCCAAUCCGUUCAUCUCUGACGGUCCUUCAAAACCUGCACCAGGAGGUCGCUUUACGGGAUUCGGCAGCACACCUCACCAAGGCGCGCGACCUGCUUCAGGUGGGCUUGUCGGCAGCCCUAUGAAGCUUUCGCCAGGACAUUUCUUUGCUCAACCCGCACCUGGCUCGAGCCGGAGAAAACAGGCGACAGAUGGUUGGGAGGGUGUACCGUCUCUGUUCCGUUCUUCCCUUGCGGCUCAGAUUCAGCAGCCAGUCAAGCCUUCUGCGACUGGUGGCUCGAGUAUCGGUGCGACCAUGCACCUAGCUCCAUGGCUCAUGAGCAUUGCAAUCACUGUCUCUCCAGGUUCCUCGCACGGUCCGGGUUGAGGAUUACCUUAUCGAUGAGGACGACUUGUGAGGUCAGAUCGGGAAUGCCCUGCCAGGACGACACGAAACACAUUGAC